ACUAGCUCUUACUCGCUAUGCGUUAUCAUUGCUUAUCACUUUACCAGUUGUUGUCAAAAUAAAAUACCGUAAAAUUAUUAUUUUUUAAGUUCGUUCAAACUUUAUUUUAAGUAUUGUUGAUUCUAAUGACAAGGUAAAUAAUGUAGCGAAAAUGUCCUCUACCGUUAGAAUAUUAAUACCAAUUUUCCCACUAGAUUCCAAGGAAAUCUUUUUCAAGGGAUAUAUUACUACUUCUAAUGAUAAUAAUGUAACUAUUUAUAUAACGAAAUAUGCUAAUAGUGAUAUUGUGUGGCCUGCAAAACAACGAGAAAACGAAAUAUAUGGAUAUUGCGGCGAAUACUUGCCGAAAAAAGUUUCAAAUAGAUUUUCAAAUUUUCUUGAUAUAGAGCAAAAUACAACAUUAAAAAUUAACAAAAUACAAUUAAAUGGAAAGCAAGUCAUCACUACUACUAGUUGUAUUCUUAUGUUGUAUGAUUAUAACAGUAUUAAAGACUCUCAAGCAAUAACUGAUUCAAAAAAUAGUUAUUUUACAAAAUUAGUGAAUUUAAUACAAGAAGAACAUGGACUAGUUAAUAAGGAUGAUACUAAUAUUAGUAACCAGCAGUGGCUGGCUUCUUCCAUGUUUCUGCAACAUAUUUGUAACUAUUGGAGAUUACUUAGAUGGCUAAUAUCAACUCUCCGGAGAGACAAAAAAGUGGCUGUGAAACAAGGUAAUUUAAUUCUAGCUAUAGUUAUGGACAUAAUCUUGGGAUAUAUUGCCCUGCAAUGGCUAUCGCAAGACAAAAGAGAUAUUAGCAUAGGACUCAUGGGAGUUUUAGAGAAACUAAUUAAUUCUCUUUACUCUCUUCUAAAAUGGCUUAUGGGUGCUCCAGUUGGAUUGAAACUAAAUAAUGCCUUUAACAAAAUGCUGGGAAAAUAUUUUUCUUAUCAUGUGCAACUAUGGUGGUUGUUUCUAGAUGUGUCUGGAGAGAAACUGUAUAUUAUACUGGACAUAUACCACUACAUAGGAUAUUUAGGAUUCACAUUUCAAACUGCUAUAGUGUCUGAUUUAAUAUGCAUUGCAACAUUCCAUUCAUAUUGCAUUUAUGUGUAUGCAGCCAGGCUAUUUAAUAUACAGAUAUCUGGACUAAUAGCAUUACUCAGACUGUUUGUUGGAAGAAAAUACAAUCCGCUACGAGGUGGCAUUGAUUCCUGUGAAUACACAAACCAGGAACUUUUUGUAGGCACUGUGGCAUUUACUAUAUUGUUACUGUUAUUGCCUACCACAACUCUUUAUUACAUAGUAUUUACUGUGUUUAGAGUGUUGUCUCUCAUCGUGCAGCACUUAUUAGCUAAAAUAAUUUAUGCAAUACAAACAUCACCACUGUAUGUAGUGACCCUAUGGGUGAUUAAUUCCCCAAAAGUUAUAGGUAAAAUACUAAUAGAAGUAAUAAACCAAGAAGAGAAUUCUCCCUUGGUGCUCCGAAUACAAUUACUUAAAAAAUCGAUUCCAGCAUUGUUAAAAAUAUUUAAACCACCUGUUCAUAUUCUUAACAAAGUUGAAUGGGGCAACCUACUUUCUAAUGUGCUUGUUGGGAAACAAAUUGUUUGAAGAUCAUACUUAAUUUUAAUAAAUAAAAUAUGUAUGUUUCUUUUGUGUAUAAACAAAGAUGCAUAUUUUUCAGUAUUGUGUAUAGCUAAAUAUUUUAAUUGUAAGGAAGGUUAAAGAAAAGAUUGUGUUCCGUUUUGACGUACUUUAUUAUCGUUCCAUAUUUCAUAUUGCGUAAAAAAUAAAAAGUUGUUUGGUCACCACACGCGUGAACGUAUAAAUGCUAAAUACUUAAAACUAUUUGCAGCAAACUGGGCAAAUACAUUUGAGUAACAUUACGCAAUUGACAAACCAUUGUUUCGACCAACUAAAUCUGUAGAUUUUACUAUUUAGAACAAUUUAGAAUACAUUAUUAUUUAUUUAAGACCUCAAACAAAUCAACUUUAGAGGUACAUUACAUUGUGAGUUUCUAAUUACACACUAUUUUUGUUUGGGGCUAUUUUGUAACAGUUAUAUGUUAUUGUAAACACAGUGUUGAGAUUAUAUAGCAGAAAUAUUAUUGAAAAUUACAAAUUCUACCUACA